UUAGUCAAGUCAGUCGCUUAGUAGCCGUGAACGCGAGCGAACGCGUCGCGAAAAACACGCUCGUACUGUGAAACGCUUGUCAAUUGUGAAGUGUUUGGUAGUGUUUGUGUGCUUUGUUGUGACAAAGUCAGCAGGAAGUAAAUACCAAACAGAGUUGUGAGCAAGAAGAAGCACGAUUAAAGUGAAACUGAAAGGAUAUAUGUAUAAAGUCGAGAGAGUAAAUUAAUAUACAUUUUAGGAUUUUAAGGAGCACAGAUAUCGGCUGUAGUCUUUAGGAUUGGGAAAUGAAGGAGAAAUGUAUGAACUGAACACAGAUAGCUUGGCAGGGAAUUGCAAGGCGUUUCAACAUUUUAAAUACUAAAUAUUUUGCUUACUCAGAAAAGCUAUUUAGGUCACAAGGAACUGGACCACGACACGAAACCAAAGACUUGGCGAAAAACGUAAAAAUAAAGCAUACAUGUGUAGCAAGGAACAGCGAAGUACGAGUGCGAAUGUAAUAUUAGUGUUUUUCACAGGAAGUAAAUCCUACAACAAUUUGCAGCUAACAACAAACACACGCAGCACGGAUACGCUCGCGUUGAUUGAGCGAUAAAAGCGCGAACUGACAGUUAAAUGAAAUGUCAGAACUUAAUUAAACAUAAAAUCAAUAAGUAGUGGAAGUAGGCGCGUGGCAGUGCAACAACAAGCACAACAAGCGCACAAGAAGGCGACGAAGAAGACGAAGCAGAGGCAAGGAAACGGCUGUAACGCGUUAUUGAUGGCCCGCAGCGCAGCAGGGCACCACAAAGCAGCUUGACGAGCGUUUCGAUUGAAUUCGAUUUUUUGUGGGUCAAUGAGAAAAUAGAAAAUCUAAGUAAAAUAGCAACACCAACAAUAAAAAAUGCAACUUAAGCAGUGUAUAUUUGUUUAUUGUAAAUGUUUAUAAGCAAAAAUGCAAAAAAGCAAGUAAAACAACAACAGCAAUGCAAGUGAAAAUCGUUGAUAAAAAUUAAUUAAUGAAAAAAAACGCGUGUGAAAUAUAAAAAAGUGGAACGUUUUUAAAAGCAUUCCAAUAACUAGAAUUUUGGCGAAUGAAAUAAAGAAAAAUAACAAAAAAAACUUCGAAAACAAAAAUUCUAAAAAGCAACAAUAAAUAAUACCUUAGAAACAACAACAACUAACACAAAGGAAUUUGUUAAACGUUAAAGCGCUGGCUGGGCUUAUAAAGCAUCGAACAGGAACUGCACCGUUAAGGCACAGAUAUAGCUUAUUUCAACAAACGAUGAAAGGAAACUCAACAGAAAACAUUGUCUCAAUAUAAGCAACAACAACAAAACGUCAGAAGCAAAGGCCAGCACAAGAAACUGCAAAGGAAGCAAAAACUAUUUGAAAAGAACCCGAGCAGCUGUUUGCACACUGAAAGCUUCGCAUUUUGAAAUUUAAAGCACACGCGCGCUUACAAUAAAAGCAAAAAAAAUACCAGAAACCACAACCCACUGAACCGUAAUAACAGUGCAGUUUAACAGCAGCCAAGACGCAAGCGCCAACCAAGCGUUUUGUGUAGGUUGUAACUGAACGAAAUUUGCAUCGCGUGGCCAGUGCCAGUGUCAGUGCUGGAAGAUGGAAGCCACCCCGAAGGUGCAUCGUCAUCGUCACCGACGUUCGGAUUCGCGUCAUCAUCGGCACGAGCGUCAGAGCCAAAAUAGCAGCAGCAACAGUAAUAAUAGUAAUAACAGCAACAACACAAACGGCGGCAGCGGCAGCGGCAGUCGUAGCGGCCAGCAGCCGAGACAGAGCAAUAAUAUUGCAACAACAACAACGGCGACGACGAUAGUGCCAACACCAACACAAGCAGCGGAUGCGUUAACCAACACAACGACAAGCGCGACAGUCGCGUCGAGGACGAGGACGCAGCACGACGCACCAGCAGAGCAGCUGCAACAGUCGCCAACACAACAGCAAACGCAUUCAAACGCAAUUCAAUCGCCAGUGCGUGAGCGUCGUGGUCAAGCGCGGUCUAAUCGCGCACAAACCGGUGCACAGGACUUAGCCGCUAACGCCACCGCUACCACCGCUGCACCACGCACUUCAAUCACAAGUAUUGAGAUACCAACCGCACUGGUUGUUGAGGACGGCAACGAGGAUGGCACGUAUGACGAGACAACAGCAAUCUGCGCUAAUGUGAUUGUCACCACAGUGCAUGAACGACGUACACACUCCAUGGAUACGUUGGAUCCGUUGGCCAACACAACCUCUUUAAGUCAGUCGACCACAUCACAACAAACGGUGUUGCUGGUGAAUGGACAUUCACCGCCGCCGCAAGAGGAUGAAGAGCAGGUGCCCACUGCAAAUGGUGAAAGCGCUGCUAUGUUAGCGUGUGGCACGAAUGCGGACGUUGGCGGUGUGUCGACGAAAGAGGAGGGCGCCACGCAACUGGAGUCACCCACAGCACCGAAUCCUAAUGGCGGCGGUGCGGGCAGCAGUCGCAACUCUUCUGGUGAUGCGUUGAGUUUACGUGAAACGCUGCAACAGCUACCGCCUACGGUGACACACGGACACCGCCAUCGGCGCACACAUUCACCACAAUCGCCGGCGCGGCGCACACAAGAGGUGGACGCUUCGUUUCAUCGCGGCAUAUUAGGUUUCAUGGAUCGUGAGUUGAAGCAUAGCUCGCCAACGCCAUCGGCACUGAGUGUGGGUAGCGGUAGUGCAGCAAGCGGUGGUGGUGGUGGUGCUGGCAGCAGCGGUACAGUGCGUAAGUUGCAGUCGCUGUCCGAUCCGCAGGCGAGUCCCGCCCAACGUUCGGUACGUUCGCGCAGUAGUCUGGAGAAAAGUCCGCGUCGUAAGCGUAGCAAAUCGGAAUCGCGUAGGCGGCGUGAACGCAAACUCAUCGCCGCUGGUGAGCUGGAAGUGCGACAGGCGAACGAGACUUUGAUGCGCUAUUUGAAGCAGUGCUCGGAAAUGAAUGACGCUUCGUUGUCAGGCGAGCUGGAAAUCGAUCAGAACUAUGAUGAGCGGCGAGUGCAUCGGAAGACGAAAUCGCAACGGGAUAAGCGUGGGCAUUUAAUAAGCAAACUUUACUCAGCUGGCGGUCUCACCUCCAUAUUACGGGAGCUUUCCGAUGACAUUGUACCCGCGGAGGGUGAGGAAAUCUACAAUCCAUUCACACCGGUUGUCUCCCCCACCGAGGAUACGCCCGCACACAUUGACAAAAUGUUCCUGCAGACGUCAUCGGGAUAUCGACCAGUUGAGCACUGCUAUUAUAAACAUUCGUUUGUGGGUGUGGGCGGUGUGGGCGGCGGUGGCGUUGCUGCCAGCGGUAGCGGUGGCCCAGGUGGUGGCGGUGGCAGUGGACGUGGCGUUGGUGUGCAUCGUUUGUCUGCCGCGGGCGGCAGCUUGGCUGGCGGUUUGGAGCAGGCGGGCAUGUUGCGGGCGAGUAGCAGUUUCGGCGAUACGCGUUGCCUACUCGAUGCCGAGUGUGGCAGGCAUCGUCGUGAGAUCACGUCGAACAUACAAUUGGCCUGCGUCAUUCAACGAAUUUGGAUACUCAUCUCGAAUAUCUGCCAUGGUUUGCUAGCUGGCCUAGCUCUGGCACAUUUGUUGUUCGUGUUGAGCAGCCAUCCCGUCGAUUGGUCGCGUUUACUCAGUCUUGCGGGCGAGACUGUGACCCAAGCGACGCAGGAGGCGGACGCAACAACCGCAGCACCAACAGUCGCAUCAGCCAUGCUGGAUGCUGAUGGCGGUGGUGGUGUUGAUAAAUCUAUGCUAACUGACACGCAGCAACAUUUCAGCUUCGUAAAGGAUUACGCAACAUUCGCUGAGAUCUAUCUGAAUACAUUCUAUUGUUUGGCAAUUGUAUGCAUGGUUUCGGUUUUUGAUCGUAUGGACAUUUGCCGUUGGGACUUCAGCAAUGCUACUGAAUUCAUCUCAUUUCGUUGGCUCAUUAUUGCAAUGAUUUACAUAGCGACAAUAAUAUUAACUAUCUGCUCCGAUUCGAUUGAUGAACGACUCUAUUACAAUAACAAUGCGAAUGUGACGCUAACACAGGAAGAAAUGUAUAGCAACAGCGUAUUGAGUGUCUGGAGUAGUUUAUCGGUGACGCGCAGCAUUGGCGCCAUCUGUGGUUGGAUAAUGAUCGGUUUGACGCCGCAUGAGGACCUAUUCUACGAGCAUUUGCUGGAUCUAACCAAAUACCAAGUGAUAAAUAAUUGAAUGUAAGGCAAAGCAAGGCGUGUGUGAAGGAAAGUUGGUGAAGAGCGAAUGUGCUUAAGGAGAAAGUCAUCAAUAAAAAUAAAAAUAACAAAAAAACAGUUACGUAGAUAAAUAAUAAAUUGUACAGUUAGGUUAAAGCAGUAGUAAAACUAUUUAUGCAAACAUAUAUAUACUAAAAACAACAACAAUUACAUAUUAAUAAAAGAUAGCAAAUGAAAGCAAUGUGUGGCAAAGUUUGCUUGCAGAAAGCAAAUAACUGAUCGUAUGCAAGAGUGAGUUAAAUAUAUGAAAAAAAUAUAUAUAGUUACAUAAUAUAUCUAAAUUGUAAAAAAGCUUUGUUUUUGCGGCAAACAGAAAUGGUUAGUAGUUUAUUACAAAAUUUUUUUGUUGAAAUUUCGAAAAUUGCUUGGAAAAUUAGUUAUUUUGCUAGUUAAAAAAUUGUUUUUUGAUUUUUUAAAUAUUUUAUAUAUUUAAAAUUUUUUAUACUUUUUUUGUAUUUUUUGUGACUUUUUUUUUUAACAAUUUAACAAAAAGUAUAUAUAUGCAAUUAAAGCUUUAAAGUAAAAAUGUAAAAUUAUAUAAAAAUUACCACAACAUACCUAUAAUCGAAAUUGAACAAUUGUGAAAUUAUACUUAGAAACAUGUAAGCCCUUCAAAGGCCGCUAGAAUCAACCGAAACCAAAAAGUACCCAAACUCAAAAACAAAAAAAAAUUGAAUAAAUACACUAAGCUUAGUUUAGCGUGUAGUCUUAGCUGCUAAACACAUACCAACCUAGUUAUCUAUGCGUUAUGUAUGUGAUUGUAUGAAUACAUAUUUAUAUAUGAGUGUGUGUAGUAGUGAGCACUGUUAAAUAUAUUUUCAGUGCUUUGACAUUCCUACUUUGUUAAAAAAUUAUUUUUCACAAAAAAACAAACAGCAGUUUUUGUAACAAAAAUGCAACUCAAAUAAAUGAAAUCUCAAAAUAUUUGUUACACUUAAAAUAAAACUGAAGAUUCUCUGUUUUUGUAUAUUCUGCAAGCAUGUAAAAUACCACGUUGACUUCGCUAGAAGCUAGUAGUUAAAGAGUAUUUAGCAAUAUUGUAAAAUGUUUGUGAUUUUUUGUGAAAAGCUUCAAAAGUUCUUUUGUAAAUUUUACAGUUUUAUAAUGUAGCCUACUUUCCCAGGAUCAAAAGGAUAAUAACCACACUUAGAUGUGAUUUGUGUACUUUGUGUGUAGAAAUUGUUACCUGCUUUGUAAUAAUAUAAAAAAUAUUAAAAUAAAACGAAAAAAUUUAAACAAAAAAUAUAAAAAGUAGACAUACUUAUAUAUAGUAAAUUAUUGAACAAACGUUUGCAAAACAAAAACAAAAAAAUAAAUAAAUUAAAUUAAAUUAAUUGAAGAAAGCGAAAAAGUAUUUUAAGAAAUUUAUUUUAAUUUUAAUUAAUUUAAUUAAUUAAUUAAUUUUUUUUGUUAACUAAUUAAUUUUAAAUUGAUUAAUUUUAAUUUUAAUAUAAAAAAAUUACAACUCAUAUAAUUUUGUGAUUAAUUAUUAAUUAGAAUAUAAUUAUAAUGUAUAUACUAAGUUUAUACAUUUUUUUUUUAUUUUAAAUUCAAUUUUUUGGUAUAAUUUUUAAAUGAGAAAUAAUAUGGCAGUUUAUACCGUUUUUUUUUAAAUUUUUUCGCUUUUAGUGAAAUGAUUAAAUUAGGUUUUUUAAUAAAAUGGGAAAAUAUUUAGCUGAACUUAAUAAAAAAUAAUUAAAGCAAAUAAUUUUAUUGCAUCUUUUAGACGCUAUACCUUUGAAAAUCUUUAUUUAAGUUAUUUAUUUUUUACCUUUUAAAAAAAUAUUUGUUGAAAGAUUUGAUUGAUAUUUUUUCUCGCUAAUUCUUGAAAUUUUCAUAAAUAACACUGAUAUUUGUUAUUUAAUUUACUCAAUUGGCGACUUUUUUAUGAGCCCCCAAAAUCUCUAGCACUCAUUCUCGCCUUAAUUAAUUCAAUUAGUAUUAUUCAAUUAAGUACUGUGUGAAUAACCACUGCUUAAAGGCUCAACCAAGCUCUUAGUUUGAAAAUCGGCAUCAUUAAGUAUUUUAAUUGGGUCAAUUAGUUAAUUAAUUGGCUCAAUUAGCAACUUUUUUUUGAAAAUUUCAAUCUCUAACACUCAUUUUCCGCCUUAAUUAAGUCAAUUAGUUUGAAAAUAGGAAUCAUUUAUUUUAAUUGAGUCAAUUAGUUAAAAAGUUUUUUUUGUAAUAAAACUAAAAACAAAAAAAUAUAUUAUUUAAUGUUUUAAUUGUCUUAACAUUUUUUAAGUUUUCAAACUCAAACUCUGAAAAAGACGACGAGAGCUGUAAGCUUCUGUGUUAUCAGCUUCAUAACAUAGACUUCAUUAUUCAUUGCUGAGUAUCAGAUGAAGUAUACGUCUAGGCGUACCAUCUAUCAAUCAUCUCAACUAGUAUAAAUAAUAGCUUUCUGACUUCUGUGAGUGUUUAAUAUUUAAUUUAAAUUUAAAAUCUUUGAUUUUAUAUAUUUGUUUAUAUAAUAUAAUAAUAUUUAUUUUAUUUUUUAAGCAAAUAUUAAAUAUUUUAACAGAAAAUAUUUAUCAAAAAAUUACAAGGUCAUACUUCAAACAGGUAUCACGACAGCACUUUGUAUAAAAAAUAAUAAUGAUCCGCAUUAAAGCAAAAUUUGAAUUAUAUAAAUGCAAAAUAAAACAAAAAUUUGAAAUUUCGAGACAAUUCACCAUUAAGUUGCCACCUCAGACAUUUCAAAACUGUAACGAAACAACUCACAGGAAACAUUUAAAAAGUACUAUUAUACUUAAAUAAGCAAGUUAUAAUAUGACAUACUCUUAUGAAUAAACGAAAUUAAAUUGUAAAUAUGAUAUAAAAGCAUUGCAACAUCUUUCCAAACACACACAAACAUAGAGCUAUUUAUAUAUACCCUUCAGUUAUUGCCAACUGUAGCUAUCUACAUAGCUUUAAUAGAUAUUUUCACAUUUCCAAAACCUUCGUACAUACCAGCUUUGUAUUUGUACUACUUACAUAAGCAUAUACAUAUACAUAAGUAGUAUAUUUACAUAUAUGAAAAUAUACGAGUACUGUUAUGUAAAUACAAAAAACAUGUUUAUAUUGUAUGCGUUUUUGAGUUCCGCGUUAAUUAUAUUAUAAUUAAAAAAAAAGAAGAUGAAUUAUAAAAAUGUAUGCAGAGUAAGCAACAAAUAUUGCAAUAAUUAUAUACGUCAAUAUUUAUGGAGAAUUAUUGUAUUAUAAUCAAGUACUAUUACCAAAGAGAACCAAAUAAUAACAAUAAUUAUAUAUAAUAUAUUGAUGAUAACAACAAAGAACAAGAAAACAACAACAAAUGUAACAAUAAAUAUUAUUAUGCGCAUAUUUGAGAAAAUGUUAAAAUGAA